GUCGGACACAUUGCCGAGAACUGUCAAGCUCCCGGAAGGCUCUGUUAUAAUUGCAGAGAACCAGGACAUGAAUCUACAGCUUGUCCUCAACCCCGUUCGACGGAUGGAAAGCAGUGCUAUGCCUGUGGAGGUGUAGGUCACGUCAAGGCGGAUUGUCCAUCGGUCCGAGGCAACUUUGGCGGGUUCGGUGGUGGUUUCCCUGGAGGAGGAGGUGGUGGCGGGCAGAAAUGCUAUCAGUGCGGUCGAGCAGGUCACAUUGCAAGAAUGUGCCCUGGGCCGUCGUUUAGAGGCGGUUUCGCCGCUCGAGGAGGUGGAUUCCAGCGACCUCGACCUACAGCCGGUGCGGAUGGAUCGCCUGUCAAGUGCUAUCGAUGCAACGGGGAGAAUCAUAUUGCAAGGGACUGCUUGAUGCCGAGGGACGAGACGACUGUCCAUGCGUCGAAAAAGUGCUACAAGUGUCAAGAGCAGGGUCACAUUGCCAAGUGA